CACUUAUCAUUGGGUCAGGGCACCUGGAUCGUACCUCGUAUAAUGUCAGGUGGAAGACCGUUGGACACCUGCAAAAAACGAAGUGUCAUCCAUUCCGGAAAUUCGGAUUUGAUCACCAACAGAAACUUCAUGAAGGAGGCUCAGAACAGACUAGACCACGUGACCAGCGGUAUCUGCCCAAGUCUGCCUCCAACGAAGUCAGCAUUCAUGAUCGGAGACACCAUUUAUACUGCCUUGAUGUCGGGUCAAAUAAAAACUUACGGCCACCUUGCAAAAAUCGAUGGGUGCGAUGCUGUUUUCCAGGACGGGACACGAGUGACGGGCCUUGAUGCGAUUGUUCUAUGCACUGGUUAUGAGCCGGAGUACUCUUUCCUAGAUCAGGAUUUGCUACAAGAUUUUGAUAAAAUGGGACUUUUUAAAUUGGUGUUUCCAAUCGAUGAAGAUAAACACACCCUGGGUUUUAUCGGAGCUUUUGGUGGUAUAGGUGCUACUGGUCCAGUGAGUGAGUUGCAGAGUCGAUACAGUGCUAAAAUAUUUGCUGGAAAACUAAGCCUACCUCCCAUUGACGUAAUGCGUGCAGAUGUCCAGUUUUGGACGAACGCUUGUACUCGCAAUCGACACAGGAAAUAUUAUCAUUUUCUUCCCUGCUCGCUGUUCCAGGACACAAUAGCCAAGCUUCUGGGUGUAUUCCCUGGUUUCUGGAGACUGCUCAUCCUUGACCCAGUUCUGGCCUACAGAUGCUGGUAUGGUCCUAUGUUCUCAGCACAGUAUCGUCUGCUUGGACCAGACAGCAACUGGAAGCAAGCACGUGACAUCUGUAACACAGCUUAUACUGAGGGUUGUCUCUCUUUGAGACAUAGUAAACUACCAAAAGAGGGAAUCGCAAAAUCUAAAGGAAACAAAAGGCGCUAUAUUGUAGUAGUUUGUUGUCUUCCAUUAUUGGCAUGUGCUGUUUACUUCAACUGUCUUAUAAGUUAUAUAGCAGGGGUUAGGACCUAAUGGGUAUAAU